AUGACGGGCAUUCGCUUCUUCACAAACUGGGAGUUAUGGCAGGAAAUGACUUUCGUCCUUGCCUGUGCAAUCGUGCUCGUAUUCUUUGCCGGUCUUGGCAAACUUUGGUGGAUCAACAGAUCAGUUCGGAAACAUGAACAGCUCGACGAGGAGAAAAAGACAAGAAUGUCUGAAAUCGAAAAGGUCGGCAUCCCCGCCAGGAGACGAGCAGAGAUCCCAUUUGGCGUGCGAGCUAUCCAGAGCGGCAUUGAGGUGGACGGAAUCUGGAUCUCGAGACCCGGCACGCCCAACUCACAAAUUCCACCAGCUACAUCGACCGUCACAUUGACGUCCGAAACUGACCCCAAGGGCAAGGCCAAAGUGACAACAGAGGAGGCGAGCCCAUCUCUGUACCAAAGUUCCGCAGCGAGUGUCAUUGAAGGCGGCUCAUCGCCUCCAAGAUCACCAGCCACAUAUGCCCAGCAGACCUACAGACCCAAGCAUGCGACAACCCGGUCGGCAUCACGAUUGAGCGAAGCACAUACCGUUGGUUCGCCGAAUGAGCUCGAAGGUGGUUCAGCGGAACGACCUGCAAUCCAGACAUACGUGCCAAGAACGACAUUUGGGACAAGACCGUCGCCGACACAGUCAUCCAGCCAAGGAGACCGUACCUCUAGCUCCUCGGAAGAAGCUUACAUCCCUUCGCGUCAGUCUAGUAUACGGACUCACUCACGGAACAAGAGCCCGUUUCCAGAAUUCCGAGGAUACUUUCCUGCAUCUCCGCAAGGUUCGCCAGAAAACCCUUUUGCCACUCCAGAAGGAGGUCGGACUAGACAAGCAAGCGAUGUAUCAACAUUUCGACUUCCCACGGGAGUGCAGAAUGCGCCAAUGUCAGCGCCUACACGUUCCUACUCGGGCGAGACUCAUGCCAACCGGGCAUCUCGUAGGGUGAAUGAAGGGUUCGAAGUGCUCCCUGCAGGAACAUUUGGGCCUGACCCGCCCGCCAAUGGCAGCAAUGUCGACCUGGAGCGUGGUGAUGGGUCAAGAAGUAGCACGCGAUACUCCAGACCCGUGCUAAACAAGUUGCAGAAGAGAGACAGCAGCCGUUGA